AGUGGUGCUGGGAGCCGAGAGGGUCAGGGGGAGGAGAGGCAAGGGAGUGGAGCGAGAAGACGACAGGAGGAGAUCCACCACAGGGUGACCAAUUUAACCGGACCAUCCUUGGACCGCUAGGCUACAAAUGGUCCUCCACCCUGGGCGCCACCACCGACAACCACCGCGCCGAAUCGGAUCGUGUGCUGCGCUCCUGUCGGCGGAUAGAAAAAGAUGAUCUCGACCCAGCAGGAGCUGUGGAGAUAGGCCUGGCAGCAGAGACUGGUCAUCUUAUUAAUCUUGGUCUCUGAUCACUGGCUCUGGCACAAACAUCUGGAGCUUUGUGCGCCAUUUAACCCCCAUCCAGUCACUCCCACCCUGCGGCCCUGCAGCGUGGCUCCUAAAAACACCUCCUUGCGUCUUCAGAAUUUUGUCCACGGGGAUAAAUGAGUGAACCGGCUGCAGGGGAAAGGGCUGGGACAUGUACCAGAACCCCAACAGAAUGUCCUGGUUCAGUGGUUUCCUAGUUGCCAGAGUGGACGACCGCAAGACUGCGUGGGGGGAGCGCAAUGGCAAGAAGUCCAAACGGAAGGGAGGCUCAUCUCUCUGCAACCCGCGUUACAUGAGCUGUCUGCGGGACCCCGAUGCUAUGGAGCCCCCUUCCGGAGCCCCCCUCCAUCAGCACCACCGCGGAGGGGGGGCAGGGGCCAUGGGAGGUGGGGGAAACUUCGGCGUCCGUUGCGGAUGGCAGGAGGACCACUAUGGCAAAAGGGGAGGGGCUCCGAGCGAAGGUGUGGGGCUGAAAUCGGUUGACCUGGGCUUUGAGGACGGGGAGUUAAAAGGGAGGAAAGGGGGAUGUAAUGGAGGAAGCAGCGACAUGGGCGACGAAGGUCCCAACGGCGCAGCGGGGGUAGUGACGGCUGCGGACUGCUGGCUCAGGGUGGUACGAGUAUUCCAGUCGAAAAAAUUCCAGUCCCGCAAACUGGAGCGUCUAUACCAGCGUUACUUCUUUAGGCUGAACCAGAGCUCCUUGACCAUGCUCAUGGGGGUACUUGUGAUCGUGUGCGGCAUCAUGCUGACCUUCCACUGUGUCCACGCCGCCCCUCACGUGGCCUAUUCGUCAGCCCUUUCAGUGGCGAUGGCACUCUUUAUGGCUCUAAUGGUAGUGUGCAACCGCAAUGGCUUCCACCAGGACUACAUGUGGAUGGUCAGUUACCUGGUGAUCGGGGUCUUAGUGUCCGUCCAGGUUUUUGGGGUGCUCAUGGUGGCACCCAGGAGUGCUUCGGAAGGCAUUUGGUGGUCCGUGUUCUUCAUCUACAUCAUCUACACUCUGCUGCCUGUGAGGAUGAGGGCGGCGGUACUAAGUGGAGCAGUGCUGUCCAUCAUACACGUGGUCACCACCUGGCAGGUCAACCAGGAAGACAAGUUCCUUUGGAAACAGGUGAGUGCUAAUGUCCUGAUCUUCCUGUGCACCAACAUCAUUGGCAUCUGUACCCACUACCCUGCCGAGGUUUCCCAGAGACAAGCCUUCCAGGAGACCAGAGGAUACAUUCAGGCCCGGCUUCAUCUGCAGAGGGAGAAUCAACAACAGGAACGUCUGUUGCUUUCAGUGUUGCCGAGGCAUGUUGCCAUGGAGAUGAAGGCUGACAUCAAUGCCAAGAAGGAAGACAUGAUGUUUCAUAAGAUCUAUAUCCAGAAACACGACAAUGUCAGUAUUCUGUUUGCAGACAUCGAGGGUUUCACCAGCCUGGCGUCUCAGUGCACGGCUCAGGAGCUGGUCAUGACACUAAACGAGCUCUUUGCCCGUUUUGACAAACUGGCGUCGGAGAAUCAUUGUCUCCGUAUUAAAAUUCUGGGUGAUUGUUACUACUGCGUGUCCGGGCUGCCUGAACCCCGGGCUGACCACGCCCACUGCUGCGUGGAGAUGGGUGUUGACAUGAUAGAGGCCAUCUCGCUGGUGCGUGAGGUGACAGGGGUCAACGUUAACAUGCGCGUCGGCAUUCACAGUGGCCGUGUGCACUGCGGCGUGCUGGGACUCAGGAAGUGGCAGUUUGAUGUGUGGUCCAAUGAUGUCACGCUGGCCAAUCACAUGGAGGCGGGAGGCAAAGCAGGGCGGAUCCACAUCACAAAGGCCACGUUGCAGUAUCUGAAUGGGGACUAUGAGGUGGAGCCAGGUUUUGGAGGUGAGAGGAAUGCGUAUCUGAAGGAGAACAGCAUUGAGACAUUCCUGGUCCUUGGCUGCAGCCAAAAACGGAAGGAGGAGAAGGCGAUGAUGGCGAAGAUGCAGCGGGCAAGAGCCAACUCUAACGAGGGGCUGAUGCCACGCUGGGUUCCCGACAGAACCUUCACCAGGACCAAAGACUCCAAAGUCUUCAGACAAAUGGGGAUUGAUGAAACCUCCAGUAAAGACAACCGUGGCGUUCAGGAAGCCAUGAACCCAGAGGAUGAGGUGGAUGAGUUUCUGGGACGGGCCAUUGACGCUCGCAGCAUCGACCAGCUAAGAAAAGACCACGUUAAGAAGUUUCUACUCACCUUCCAGACUUCCAGUCUGGAGAAAAAGUAUUCCAAGAAGGUGGACGAUCGUUUUGGAGGCUAUGUUGCCUGUACUCUGCUGGUAUUCUGCUUCAUAUCCUUCAUACAGAUUGUUAUUUUUCCACACACCCCGGUCAUGCUGGGAAUCUACAUCAGUAUCUUCAUCAUACUCGCCAACAUCCUCUUCAUCUGUGCCAUAUACUCUUGCAUCAAGAUUUUUCCAGCUGCGAUGCAGACUGUCUCGAAGAAGAUUGUCCAGUCUCGCACCAACAGCACGCUGGUCGGAGUAUUCUCCAUUAUCCUCGUCUUUAUCUCUGCCUUCGUUAAUAUGUUUGCCUGCGACACCACGGGUUUGGCUGAAUGCGUCGCUGAGAAGCUGAACACCUCUGCGGUGACUCCCUGUCUGAUCCGCAGCUUGAAUGUGUCCGUCGAGGGGGGUCUAGAGAUCUGCCCCAGCCGAGGCCCCUCAUGCCCCUUUCCUGAGUAUUUCAGCUACAGCGUGCUGCUGACGCUGCUGGCCUGCUCCGUGUUCCUGCAGAUCAGCAGCAUAGGGAAGCUGGCCCUCAUGCUGCUCAUCCAGUUCACCUUCCUGCUGCUGGUGGAGUGGCCACAAGUAGCACUGUUUGACAAUGCAGACCUCUUUGUCACCUCCAAUGCCAUUGAUUUAAAUGAAACUCAGUGGCCCAGUUUCAAUGAAACUACAAACCAGUGCUCGUUUGUUGUGACCAAAGUGUCCCUGAGGGUCAUGACUCCAGUGAUCCUCACAGUUUUUGUCCUGGCACUGUACCUGCACGCCCAACAGGUUGAAUCUACUGCACGCCUCGACUUCCUGUGGAAAUUACAGGCCACAGAGGAGAAGGAGGAGAUGGAGGAGCUGCAAGCCUACAAUCGUCGCCUCCUCCAUAAUAUCCUACCGAAGGACGUAGCUGCUCACUUCCUGGCACGUGAGCGGCGUAACGACGAGCUGUAUUACCAGUCCUGUGAGUGUGUAGCCGUCAUGUUCGCCUCCAUCAGCAACUUCUCCGAGUUCUACGUGGAGCUGGAGGCCAAUAAUGAGGGAGUAGAAUGCCUCCGGCUGCUUAACGAGAUCAUCGCAGACUUUGACGAGAUCAUCAGUGAGGAGAAGUACAGGCAGCUAGAGAAGAUAAAGACCAUCGGUUCCACCUACAUGGCAGCGUCAGGUCUGAACGACUCCACCUAUGACAAAGAAGGCCGUUCCCAUAUUACUGCACUAGCUGACUAUGCCAUGAGACUGAGAGAGCAGAUGAAAUAUAUCAACGAGCAUUCCUUCAACAACUUCCAGAUGAAGAUAGGUCUGAACAUUGGGCCGGUGGUUGCGGGGGUUAUUGGAGCACGGAAACCUCAAUAUGAUAUCUGGGGAAACACAGUCAAUGUGGCCAGUCGUAUGGAUAGCACAGGUGUACCUGACUGCAUACAGGUGACCACAGACCUCUACCAGGUGCUUGUAAGCAAAGGCUACGUGCUUGAGUGUCGUGGGGUCGUAAAGGUAAAAGGUAAAGGCGAAAUGACAACCUACUUCCUGAAUGAUGGACCGCCCAACAGUUAGCAGCCAAGACAGCGGCAGCAGCAGCAGAUGCUGGGAUGACCCCCCCACUGCAAGGACACGGCACCACUGAGCGAGGACUCGCGGUGUGAGCGAGCGGCUAAGAACUAGAGACGCCACCACUUGAAUCCCGAGCAAAGAGGGGAAAAAAGAGAAACUUUGAAGACUUCAAACGGAAAGUGUUCUAGAUGAGAGGAAAAUGUUCUCGUUUGACGGCCGUUUUGGAUCCCGUACAUGUCGAAGGACACGUGUUUUUCUCAUGUCUAGCCUCUCUCUCAGGCUUCUUGAAAGAUGCAAAGUCUGUUAUUUAAAACGCCUUUUAGCCUGUGUCAAAAGAAGAUUAACGCUGUACAUACGGCUACUUUUUUAUUUUACUUUGGGUCUUUUUGUUCGUUUUUUUUUUCUU